UCUGAGUAGGCGUAGAUGCUGAAGAACUCCAGUCCGGAUUUUGUUUCCCUCCCAGCGGCGCAGCCAAAAACUCUCGGGUUCCUUGCCUGGUGUGGGGUGUUCAAAUCGCAGCGAGGGAAGGCGGAUCUAGCUGAGGGGCUGCAGAGCAAUGGAGGCGAAUCCCAUCUAGCAAAGGAUCGACCUUUCGGGAAGCAACGAUGUGCUGGAAUCAUCUCUAAAUCUCCAUGGCAACAGCACAGGCCUCUCAUGUGACCUGUGACCUCAGCCAUUGUCUCUUUGAUCCUUAUUCUCUGGAUUCUGAGCCUGACAACAACUGCAAUAUGGGCAGUGUGGGCAGUCUAGUAGAGAAACAAGAUUUCUCGCCAGCUGCAUCAGGAGGUUUGCGACGGAUGCGUCAGCCAGAUGGGUUGCUCCGGAAAGGAAUACCACAACGUGAAGUCUCUGGCUACCUACAUGGGGGCAAGCGGGAUGCUUGGGCUGAGAAGAAGCAUCAGUCAUCUGGUGGUGGCUUUAAACGGGAUUAUGAGAGUGACCGGGAGAACCAGUCCCCUGAGCGGUACUUCAGGGACAAUCAACGAGGGGCAGAUUUUUCCAAGAGUUCUUUGCCUGAACGUGGACGUUUUGACAAGUGUCGGAUCAGGCCCUCAGCUUUCAAGGUGGUGCCUGGGAAGAGCUUAUUGUCCAUGCAGGGCCUGUCAUCCACCAAAGGGCAGAAGAUGUCAAAGAGCAAUGGGAGUCUGCAUACGAUCUUGACUCAGAGCAGUACUGGCAGCUCCUCACAACGUGGACCUUUGCGCAGCCAUCUGCUGCACACCAUCAGUCUUGAUGAGGGCACUAACUCCAUUCAAAGCUUUCCCACGUACAGUCACCACUUCAAGCCUACUCCAAACCAGCUGAGUGCUUCCAUAGGACACAUCAACCACAUUGGUGGUUCCUUAGAUAGGGCUUCUUGGGGACCACGGGAUCCUUUGGCAGUAGAGAAAGCACCACUGUCUUGCAAGAGCCUGAGCCGACUACAGAGCUCAGGGGAACCACCCCCUCCAUAUGAGCCCACAUAUUCUUUGGAAGAUGUAGUGAAGCAGCUUGAGGACCGGCUGAGUGAAAAAGGCAUGGAGCUCCGUCAGCUUAAGAGAAAUCUGAGUGAAAAUGAUGAUCCCUUCACACAGGUGUUUGAGGACAAACAGCGUCUUUGGAUGGAAGAGCUGGAUGAGCUAAAGCAGAUGUACGUGGCCAAGCUGCAGCAGGUCAUGCACCAAGCCCAGCGCAGCCAGAGAGCACUUCAGCUGCAACUCUACAAAGUACAGCAGGAAAAGAAGAGGCUGCAGGAAGAACUGGACCUUCAACAGGGCCACUGUGAAGAGCUGAGGCUGCAGCAGCAGCAGGCAGAACGCCUCAGUCCAAAACUGGAGGAGACCAAGUGGGAGGUGUGUCAGAAGACUGCAGAAAUUUCAUUGCUGAAGCAGCAGCUCCGAGAUGCCCAAGAAGAGAUGGCCCAGAAAUUGGGUGAAAUCUUCAGUUUGAAAACACAGCUGCGGGACGCCCGAACAGAGUUGCAAGCCAAGGACUCACAGCUGACACAUGUGGGGGACUCUUUCCAGCCCUUGUCAGAUCAUGGCUCCCCUAUUCCUUCUAGGGAUUCUCCCAUGCAAGCAUGCCAGGACUUCUUGGGUUGUGAAACCGAUGAUUCUAAAUGUCGGGGAAUGCAGGGUGAGAGUACAGAAGGAACUGAAUGGCUAUGGGCAGAAUUGUUGCGGGAAAGGCGCCAGGCCCAACUGCAAGCUGUAAACUUUGAGCAGGAGCGAAAAACCUGGCAAGAGGAAAAAGAAAAAGUCUUGCGCUAUCAGCGUGAGAUUCAGGCUAGCUACAUGGAGAUGUACCAUCGAAAUCAGGCUCUGGAAAGACAGCUGAGUGAAUUCCGGCAGUUCCCAGCUGAAUCCAGAGAUAACAAUUCAGAAUCACCUUGGAUUGAGAGAGCUGAAUCUUCUAAAAUCUAAAUGAGCUAUAUUUGAGAAAGGUCUUGUGCUGGGAUUGCAAAUGGGUAGAAGCCCCAUACUGCAACAUGGACUAUAAGAUUUAGUAGAAGGAAUGUCUAAGCUAAAGAGCCUGUUAACCCAGCCCAGAAGUUUCCUCCUGUAGUAACAUACAGGAUUUUGCAGAUUGCUGACCACAGAAUGGAAUCACAGCAUUACAUCUGGAACUUUUUGUCAAUCCAGGUAGGCUGUUGCCUCUAUAUCACUGCUGUGUUGGAGAGCAAACGGCUUUCUUUUUGUAUCCUGCAUGGGGCCAGCAUUGGCACUGCCUGUCAAUACAGAAGUUAU